AUGUCAAAUGCAUUUCAACCCCCUCGAGACCCUGAAGAUGACACGAGCACCGAUGCGGAGAAUAAAAUCAAGAUGAACACGGAAAUGCUUCGUACGGAGCUGCCUCUGGGCUUCAAAAAGGAGGAUAUUCAUGCUGCUGCAGUUCUGUACGAGCUUAGCACAAGCAGUACAAUGUCUCGAGAAAGAAAGAAGCAAGAUGCAAACUAUGCCACAGUGCGGCAUGAAAAUGAAGAAAAAAAUCAAAUCAAUGAUCCCGAACGACCUAGAUCUGAACACUAUGCAACGGCUGCGAGAGAAGAACAAGUGUCGAGACACGGUCCUCUAUCUGCGAGAAUGUCCCAACUUGAAGAUGCAACGCAUGCGAGGCGCGAGAAUGGCCGAAAGGGCCCGGCCGACGAGGCUGAUUACAGCAGCGACAGCUCGUCACAGUCUAGAUUUAGCGAUGUAAACGCGGGUGGAUCCAAAUUGGAGAUGGCAGAAUCUACAGAUUCUGCCCGUGGCCUUCUCUGA